ACAGCAACUGCUGAGACCACCUUGAGAAGACAAUGAUCCUAAACAGAGCUCUGAUUCUGAGGGCCCUCAUCCUGACCACCAUGAUGAGCACCUGUGGAGGUGAAGACAUUGUGGCUGACCACAUUGGCUCCUACGGCACAAACAUCUACCAUUCUUACGGUCCCUCUGGACAAUACACCCAUGAAUUUGAUGGAGAUGAGGAGUUCUACGUGGACCUGGAAAAGAAGGAAACCGUCUGGCGGCUGCCUGAGUUUAGCAAAUUUACAAGUUUUGAUCCACAGGGUGCACUGAGAAACAUUGCUACAAUAAAAUACAACUUGGACAUCCUGAUUAAACGCUCCAACUCUACUGCUGCUACCAACGAGGUUCCUGAGGUGACUGUGUUUCCCAAGUCUCCCGUGACGCUGAGUGAGCCCAACACCCUCAUCUGUCUUGUGGACAACAUCUUUCCUCCCGUGAUCAACGUCACGUGGUUGAGGAAUGGGCACUCAGUCACAGAAGGUGUAUCUGAGACCAGCUUCCUCCCCAAGAGUGAUCAUUCCUUCUUCAAGAUCAAUUACCUCACCUUCCUCCCUUCUGCUGAUGAUAUUUAUGACUGCAAGGUGGAGCACUGGGGCCUGGAUGAGCCACUUCUGAAACACUGGGAACCUGAGAUUCCAACGCCUAUGUCAGAGCUGACAGAGACUGUGGUCUGCGCCCUGGGGUUGGCUGUGGGCCUUGUGGGCAUUGUGGUGGGCACUGUCUUCAUUAUCCAAGGCCUGCGCUCAGGUGGUGCCUCCAGACACCAAGGGCCCUUGUGAGUCACAUCCUAGAAGGGAAGGCACAUUGCCGAUCUAUGAGAGACGAAGAGUGGACACGCUGAGGAUCUAGCACUAUUUUCUGGCCAAGUUCAUCAUAUUCCUUCUCUCCUCUUAUGCUCCUCCUCUCCCUUCUUCUGUGGGACUUAAGGUGCUGUAUUCUCUCAGAGCUCACAUACCCCUCAAAAUUCUCCCCCGACCUCCUAAGUUUUUUGCUUUUCUCAAGUGUUACCUGUUAUGGGAACCCUGGAGUAUCCCACCCAGCUACCUAACCCUUCAGUGACCCUGAAAUAAUAUCUCCAUGGAAACAAUAAAUCCCCCUUUAUGAGGUCUUCAUUGAA